UACAGAAUGAUGUGAUCGAGCCACGUCCCAUCCCCGGCGACCCGGUCGACUUUUGCAUUGCGUUCGGAUCAGGAUGCGCGACUAAGAUGGCCGCAGAAGCAAUUGUCGACAGAAACCUAUUUUCCGCCUGGUUGAAGGCGCAUCCGCACGCGCUACGACGUAUAAUCCUCGGGCAUUCUCCACUGGCCGCCGAGUUUCAUGCGGCGCGGUCGCGCAACCUGCGUACAGUCACCUGUCCCGGGUCCCAGAAACGAUUUGUUCCUCCUUCGACGAUAGACGAGCAGCUCCUGAGCCCAGCCGUACACACCUUUGUCUGGAACCUGUCCUUUCAUGAAAUAGCAUGCGAAGAUUUCGGGGAACGGGAAGAAGACUGGCUGCGGGGAAUGGCCAAAUUCAUUGCCGUCGCCACUCCGGAUCUUCACCCGGCGCUGCGGACGAUUGAGCUCAACUUCGACCCGGACCCGCAUCAUUUCCUACCCACCGAUCCGGAGGAGUAUCCAUGGGACCGGAUCACACGAUUGGAGCAGGAGCUGCGGGUAUUGGGGUUGGAAUUGAAGUAUACACCUCCAAGUGUCACUCGAGAAGAGUAUGAAGAGCUUUGCCGCGUGAGUCAGAGGAUCGAUGAAAGGAGAGACACGGCCAUAGCCUAGAGAGGAGCAUCGGCCGUAGGACGAUCUUGUGCUUGAAAAUGGUGAAUCUCUCAAAUUUUCGUUGCACGAUAGCUUCGUGCUCAACCUGGCCCAGCCAGGAAUACCCCUCUCAUUCAUCCUUUCGUGUGCAGGAAAACGAUCGGGGACGCUGCCUAAG